AUGACUGGCCAUGCCCGGCACUUGCAGGCGGAGGGCACACUUCUGGGCGGUAUGCGGCAGGCCGUUAUGCUGGGCUUGAAGCAGAAGCUGCAGCUCGAACUUGAUGUUGAAAAGAUGGGUCCCUGUUCAGUCUGGGCUCUAGGCAGCCUGACCCAAUGUGGUCACAUGGAGAGGACAGGAGAUGGGAGCACCCCACUGCUCCUCCAGGACAAGGUGACCCUCGUGGAGCAUCAUGUAGCCGGCUUCCCGGACCUCCAGAGGAGGCUGCUGGCCCUCCUGGACUCCUGGUGCCAGCCCAGCUCUGACGUCAGAGUCGUGGCCAGACAGCACCCACAGGUGACCUCCUUGAGGCUGGAGAGGCUGAGUCCCAGAGUGCUAAGUCGGCAGGUCCUGAGCCUGCUGGAGCAGCAGGGCCUGGACCCCGCGCUGUGUCCCUGCGCUGUCACUCAGCAGCGCCUGGCCGCCCUGCACCGUCUGUGCUGUAAGUGGUUCGUGGUGUGGAGGGCCUGUGGGCCAGCGCGAGUGGCUGCAGGCGGGGCUGCAGCAGCUGCUGGCCUCUCGCGACAACGAGGCGCCCUGGACCUCUCGCUGCCCAAGGAGCGGCUGCCAGCCACGCACAGCUCCGCCAGCUCAAACUCCAGGAGCGGCGGCGCCCAGGCUCGGGAGGCUGGCGAGGGGGACAGGCGCUCGGGCCCCCGUCCCUUGGCAAGCGGCCCCAUGAGUCGCGUAUGUCAGCAGUUCGGGCAAGGGGGAGCGAGCAGCAAGGCCCCUGCAGCCGCCAGCCCACCAAGCGCCCUCAGAGCUCCCCUGCCUCUCGGAGGUCUGCGCGGGGCCCGGCCAGGCCGGAAAGUGCUGGGCUGGGGGAGGGCACCAGGGACGCAGGGUGUGGGGGUGCCACAGCUCCAUCCUAGGACGGCUGAGGUGCCUUUCCAAGACCGGAGGGAUGAUUACUACCAGAUGCCCAUCGCCGGGGAGGACAUCCUCUUCCCGGCCUCCUGGCACCUGGCCCGAGGAGGAGCUCCUGCAGAAACUGCCUGCCCUCGGCUUCACCCUCUGGGGGGUCAGGCAGGCCAUGCCCUCGGCCACAGGCCUGCAGCCCCUGGAUGGGCCUCCCCUGCUCAUCCCAGCUCUCUACAGCCUGGCCAGGUGGUCGGUGUGGACCUGGAGUGGCGACCCUCAUUUGGCACAGGGGGCCGGCCCCGGGCAUCCAUCAUGCAGCUGGCAGCGGAGGGCCGUGUGUUCCUGCUGGACCUGCCUGUGCUCUCACGGCCACCAGGAGGGCAGGUGUCCCAGCUGCUCUCGGACCCCUCCGUCACUAAGUUGGGUUAUGGGAUGGCGGGACCUCGGAGCCUGGGGGCUUCCUGCCCCACCCUGGCUCACGUGGAGAAGCAGCUGCGGGGCGGUCUAGACCAGCUGCAGGUGCACAGGCAGGUGCCUUCCCCAGGGCAGGCCCCUCACCCCCGAGGGGCUCUGUCUUGGCAGAUGCGGGUGUUGGACAAGCCAGCUCUAGGCAGGGGUGAGGCCAGGCUGCGGGGCCUCAGCCUCCCGGUGCAGCAGGUGCUGGGCAAGGCCCUGGACAAGGCACAGCAGCUCUCUAACUGGGACCGGCGGCCACAGCGGGGGCAGCCGGUUUAUGCAGCUGCCGACACCUACCGCCUGCUGGAGGUGUACCAGGCUCUGUGCAGAGAGCCCAGCUUCUACCCGUCUGAGGACCUGGCCAGGAGCCUGAGGCCAGGGUGCAGCGAGAGACCAGGGGCCCAGGAGCCGCCCAGCCUGCAGGAGGCCUCAGUCUUGGCUUGGCAGACAUUCUUCUGAGAAAGGGUCCCCUGGCUCACCAGAUGGCUGGCCUCGGCCCGAGACUGCAGGGCAGUGGGGUUUGUCUGGCCCAGGCUCCCCGACCCUCCAGCACACGUGGGUGGUAUUCUUCGUGCCACUCCCCACUACGGAGGAAGCUGAAGCCAGAAGAAUCACGGGGACCUGCCCUGUGCUGUCCCCCCACCCCGCCCCCAUCUCCCCGGGUGCUGAGGCUGCAGGAGGGAGGGCCGGAGCUGGGAGGGAAGGGCCUCCUGUGCCGGCCCCUGGCAUCCAUGACAGGAUGUUGGCUCUCUCCCCCAUCUCUGGCCCCUCGCGGGCCGCCUCUCCCGGAGGCCGGGUCUUGGCGUCCGGGGAGGAGGUGGUUGUGCCAAGGUUGGCCCUGGCCACUGUCCCUGUACAAAACACCUGCUUCCCAACCAAGGCUGUUUUUAGCCUGUGGGGGGCUGAGACCAAGGUGGCCAGCCUGGCUUCUCGGGGACUCCAGACCAGGCCUCUUGGGUCAGGGGAUUCAGGAGCCAGGGAGGAGGUGCCUUCCCACUGGGGAGUGCAUGGGGUCCCCAGCAAACGAGAGGCAGGGUUUGGCUCCCCUGCUCCUUACCCCCCCAUGUUGCACCUGUGACUUGUUACAUUGCAGGGCAAAUGGGAUUUAAAGAUGUAAUUUACUAAUCAAGUGACCUUAAAAUACAGAGAUUAUUUUAAGUGAC